AUGAUGGCCUUGGGGACACUCCUGAGGAAGCCGCCGCUGCCGCCGGGCAGCUGCAGAACCUUCUGGGGAUGGCUGAAUGCCGUGUUCAACAAGGUGGACCACGAGCGGAUCCGAGACGUGGGGCCCGACCGGGCGGCCUCGGAGUGGCUGCUGCGCUGCGGGGCGCUGGUCAGGUACCAGGGCUCGCCCCGCUGGCAGCAGGACUACAAUGGGCUGCCCACAGGGCCCCUGGGCAAGUACAAGAUCGAGGCCAUCAACGCCACCGACUCCUGCAUCAUGUACAGAGGAUUUGACUAUCUGGAUGGCCUGGAGCACGUUACAGAUAUCAAGCUGGAGAAGUGCAUGUACAUCCAGGACGAGUGUCUGCAGAGGCUCAGCGAGACCAGCAACCUGCAGAAGAGUCUGCAGCGGCUGGAGAUCAUUUCCUGUGGGAAUGUCACAGACAAAGGCAUCCUUGCACUCCACAAGCUGAGGAACCUGCAAUAUUUGUAUCUGAGUGACCUUCCUGGGAUCAGACAGAAAGAAACAACCUUCCAUGUCCUUCAGCAGGCACUGCCCAACCUGGAGCUGGAGUUGGAUUUGGAAUAAACACAGCAGCACAUAACUGAGAUGUGAUUUCCUAGGAUUUCUCUUCCAUUGCACACAUGAAGCUGUAGACACAGCUGUAUUUCCAGUAUGGAAGUAAGCCCAGCUCUUCCAGUCCAGCCUCAAGGUCUAUGUGACCUUUUAAGAAAUCAUGCAGUUAAGUUUUAUUAAGCUUAAACUCAGUGGUGGAUCAACAACAGACAAAGCAGGCCUGUGCACGUAGGCAUCUGUUUGCUGUUUUUCUAGGAAGCUCUGAAUACCUCAGUUUUCAGUAUUUAUUGCCCAGAAGCAAAGUGGCAGUGGGGGGAUGUCUGGGUGUGUGGUGUUGGUGCUGUUCCCUCUGGGACAGUCUUGCCCAGUCAGUGGGUGCUGGUUUAUUAAAGAGGUUCUGGGUUGUUUUUGUGUUCUUCACACUUGGAGUUCUGUCUGGUUUAAUGAUCUGCAGGCAGGCAGGGUCACCCCUCAGGAGCAGCAGCUCUUGGACACAGCCUUGAGCAGAUUUUGCUGUGUGCUGCCAUGGACUGCAGCAGUUCUGGGCAGCUCUGGAGUUGCAUCUUCAUCCUUCUGAUAAAUAAAAGUAAUUGGGAACUGUU